AUAGCAACAAUAAAUUCCUUGUUUUCUUCUUUAACUUUCAGUUGGAACAAGUAAAACAUAACAAAGAUUAGCUUGGUAUUUGUCACAAUUAAGGAUGAAGACUCUAUCACAUUCUUCCUCUUCUUCUUCUUCUUCUUCUUAUGAUGAACUCUCCAUUCAACAAAGCCUUCUCUUUUCAGACAGUCUCAAGGAGUUGAAGAAUUUGAAGUCACAAUUGUACUCAGCUGCUGAACAUUUUGAGUACUCUUUUGCAAAUGACAUCAACAGAAAGAAAUUGCUGAAUAUGUUGAAAGCUUAUGUUGUUAAGGCAUUGGUUAAUAGUGUGGAUCAUUUGGGUUGUGUAGCAUACAAAGUUAAUGAUCUCUUUAGUGAGAAAAUGGAUGAGUUCUCUGAAACAGAGCUCAGGCUGUCUUGUUUAGAACAGAGAAUUCAAGUGUGCGAAAAUAAGUUCAAACAACAAGAACUUGUUCAGCAGAAAUUGGAGAUCAAGGCUCCCAAGUUUAAUAAGAAGUACAUUUUAUCAGAUGGGAAGUUCAUGCAUGAAUCCGGAACAAAAACUCUUGUAAUUUAUCAACAAAUGAAUGAAUCAAAACAAAUCAAAGAUGUUCAUGCAACACUAAAAACACGAUCGAGCUCAAUGCGGUAUAGAUCGAACUCCUGCAAAACACAGUCAAGCUCCUCCCUGCAACGAGCACGGUCCUUAUCGCCUUCUUACAGGAAAAUGAGUUACAUAUCACCAUCACAACGUGCUGGGAAAUUUUUGUCUUCAGAUAAAAGAAGAGCGAUCUCACCGCAUCCAUCGUCAGAUGUAUUGAUAAGAUCAGGAUCAUUCUCAUGCAGGCCGAUAUCUCGAAGCUCAUCAAUAGUGAAGAGGCAACAUCCUUCAAAGCCUCAGAAAUCAGCAUCUAUGAGGCUGCAUGGCGAGAGGAGUGAUUGCAAAGAGUCCGAACAAAACCAUAGCAAAAGCAAGAGCUUGCUCAAGUCCCUGCUCAGUCGGCAUAAGGGAAGGAACGAGGAUAUGCUGUUUAGUUACUUGGACGAAUACUGAGACUAUUCCCUUGAGUAUAGGUUACAU